CAUUACUAGUAAUAACAGAUCCAGAAAAAUAUAUUUAGCUUGCCAUGGCCAACCUUCCACACGACAUCGUGCUAGACAUACUCUCACGAUUACCCGUCAAGUCUCUGAAUCGAUUCAAAUGCGUUUCCAAGCCAUGGCUUUCUUUGAUAUCCGAUCCUUACUUUGUCAAAAUGCAUCUCAACCGAGCCAAUUCCGAUCCUAGCAUGAACCACCAUAGACUAUUCACGUUGUUCCCCUUUUAUUCCUUGGACUACGAGUCACCAUCAUCAUGUGAUGAUGUUGAUGAUCAUGCUGUUGUUGCCGAUCAUGAUCAUGAUCAUGAUGAUGCUAUAGUAAAUCUAGGGUUUCCAUCUAAGUCCCCACAAAAUGGUGUUCAGAUUGUGGGGUCUUGCAAUGGCUUGAUUAGCUUAGCCUAUCGUGCCUUAGAUGUCAUGAUUUUAUGGAACCCAUCUACUAGACAAUCCAGGGAGCUACCAAAACCAAACUUUUCAUCAGAUAUUGUGUCCCUCUGCGGACUUGGUUAUGAUUCCUCUAAUGAUGACUACAAAGUUGUAAGAGCAAGUGCUUGUGCUGGUGCCUAUGACCAAAUCAAAGUCGAGGUCUUCAGCGCAAAACACAACAAUUGGAGACUGAUCCAAGGCUUCCAUGAGAGUAUUACUAUCCUGGACGAUUCCGGGACAUACUUGAACGGGGCUCUUCACUGGAGGGCAAGUCGCGGUGGGCUCGACACGAUUCUUGCUCUUGAUAUGGAGAAAGAGGAGUUCUUUGAGGUUCCACAGCCGGAGACUCGAGACAGGAACAUCUCAUUUCACAGCUUGGGAGCUUCACAAGGUUGUCUUUCAUUGCUUUGCUAUGGGUAUGGACUUGAGGUGGAGAUUUGGGUGAUGAAGGAAUAUGGUGUGAAGAGUUCUUGGAUGAAGAUGAGUGUUGUGAGGGGGAGAGAUAUUGGGUAUUGUGACUACAUGGUGCCCAUAUGCUUUACAAAGAAUGGAGAAGUUAUAGUUGUUGUGGAUGGAAUGAAACUCAUAAGAUAUAAUGUCCAUGACAAGACAAUGAAGAAUCUGAAAGUUAGGAAUGAUGACUGGUUUGAAUGGGUUAUAUAUAUGGAGAGUCUGGUCUCGCCUUAUGUUGACUCUGGGAACAAAGAUAUAGAUUCUCAAAUGGAAGAAUAAGAAAGAGCAGGGAUUAUUUAUUAUUUGAUUCAUUCAUUUUUUUAUUUUUUAUUUUUUUGUGAUUUUAGUUUGAUGUUCUAAAUCUGAUGCGAGAGUUUUUCUUGAAGUGUACACAAUAUUUAAUUAAUCACAAAUUUCAAGCAUUAUUCGUAAUUGAAAAUAAUGCUUUUGGGUGUUCAA